AUGAUUAGGAGUAAGUUGGUGUCGCAGUACGCGGCGGUGUGGGCGCGCGCCGCGGACGAGGUGCUGCCGGCGCUGGCGGCACUGGAGCCGCUCCGACACACACCGCAUCUCAAGUAUAAGAUCGUCUUCUCUGUGGUAGUUCUAGCAUUCCGCGCCGUCAUCAGUCUCCGUGACCGGCGCCUGAACGAGGUGAAGUCUCUCCUCGGGCUGGACCCGGAGACCAGCUCCAGCGACCCGCACGUGGCGCGCCUGCUGAGCGCCGCCACGCGGGUGCUGCACACCACCGCGCAUAACUUCCCACUCGGGGAAGCUGAGAGGACUGUCAUCAAUCAGGUGGUGAGCACGCUGCGCGAGUACCCGUGCCUGGCGUCGUGCGGCGCGCUGCACGCGCUCGCAGCAGCCGCUUGCCGCGCGGCCUGGGCGCUCAGCCUGCACUCCCCGCCCAUGAGGAUCGACACCGACUUCACACCUGUGGUAAUGAACCCAGAGAAGCACGUGCGCUUCUCUCCCGAGGGUCGCGACGGGAGAGACCGGCGCUCUGACCUCAUCAAGUCGUUUGUAUGGCCGGCGCUCAUGGACGGCGGCCGGUGUGUCUUCAGGGCAGUCGUGCUCACAUGA